CUUUACUCCAAAAAGAUGAACUUACGCACAACUGAGUAUUUACCAACCGAUGGGUACAAACAUCCAAGGAGGCAACACAUGACUUACUUUGAAUACCUCUGAGAUUUUGGAGUCCUUUCCUCCCAACAAGGCUCAAAACUCGAGCAAGAACUUAGAAAACAAAAUUUGGGUGCCAGAAAGGAGAUUCUCGUCGAUCUUGUAGCCCAAGACUUCUCCCAGAUGAACUUCAGUCAACUUUGGCACUUUUCCAACAGGCUGUACCAAAAAUGGGCACAAUAUCACGAUGGUCACUUUGAAGACAAAGCUCAGGGACCAGAAUCAUGCAGGAAACAUACCUGUGACGAGAAGAUGUCAACUGGAUUAACUCAAUCUGUUGAAAGAAACGCAACAAACAAGGAGGAGUCCCUUGACUUUGACGAAAACUGUGAUGGGCUUAACUAAGAU